GUGAAGGUUUCUUUGCACAGUGAUUAAGGGGGAGGACCAAUGGCAACAAAGGAGACGGAGAGGACGGUAGCUCCUCCUCUCUCUCUCCCCCCCCCCUCUCUCCUGUGCUUUAUAGAUGCAUAUAAUCCCCGAGUUGACCCAGAAAACAAACUACUCCGACUGCCGAGACGCACUAGAGUUUGCAUCCGCCGCAGGGCUGCAUGUAGCCCGAGCAUCAGCUGGAGGAACAAGCCCGGCAUUGAUCCCACUUCUCCGUACGGACGGACUCGACAUUAAUCCAUCGGGGCGAUAGAGGCCAUGGCUGAACACAUGAUGAUGCCCAUGACCCACGGCUUCAGGAUGGGCAUGAGCGGACCUCCGCAGCACAACGGCCAGCCCGGCAUGCGCACUCUGCCCAACGGCCAGGUGAUGCACUACGGCAGGAACCCUCAGAACAGCAUGGAGGCUGCCAUGAGACAUAGGCAGAGCAUGGUGGGAGCCGGCGGGAUGGCCGGCCCUGUGAACGGGGUUCCCAUGGCCAACCACCACCACCAGAUGAUGUCUGGAAACAUGAUGUACAAUGGCCAGGGUCCGCAGCAGCAGCAGCAGCAGCAGCAGCACCACCACCCCAUGCACCCCCAGCAGCAGCAGCAGCAGCAGCAGCAGCAGCAGGGUGGACACCCCCAGCAGUAUCUCCCUGGUAACCUCACCUCUCAGCAGCUUAUGGCCAGUAUGCACCUGCAGAAACUCAACACUCAGUAUCAUGGACACCCGCUGGUCUCAGCCAACGGCCACCAUAUGCCCAACGGUGCCCAGUAUCGGGUGGGUCCGGCCCAGCUCUCAGGCAUGCAGCACAUCGGCGGCCCUUUGGGACUAAACGGCAUGGACAUGGAUCUGAUCGACGAAGAGGUCCUGACUUCACUAGUGCUGGAGCUUGGGUUGGACCGCAUUCAGGAGCUGCCCGAGCUCUUCCUGGGACAGAAUGAGUUUGACUUCAUAUCGGACUUUGUGUGCAAACAGCAGCCGAGCACGGUGAGCUGCUGAGCAAAGCGUUUGUCGGGAAGGUUUGGACUGGACACCACCCCCCCACCCCAAAGAAUGACUGAGUGGUCACAGUAGCACAGCGAGAGGAGACAAUCUCUCUGUUCUGUUUGGGUGUUUCUGUGUAUUUGACAGUGUGUAGAAUACCUUUACACGGCCUGUGAGUUAAUAAAAAAAUUGUGAAGAGAGAAAACGCAGCGAAAGCACCGGGUUAACUUACUUUGAGCCGGAGCUGUCGUCUUUGGUCAAAUCAAGCAUCCUGAUGCAGGGGGGCUCUGUCUGUACCCAUCUGGUCCUCAGCACAUGUGCCUGCAUUGUCAAGGCUUUAGGAUGAUUGUAAACUUAACAAACAAUGGGGGAAGGCCUGGGAAGACUAUCCAUCUGGGUCUGCUUGAUCCUGUGGCAUCCCAAAAUCUUUCUAAGUAGCAGGCGUUUUACAAAUUUAUAAAAGGUAGUCCUCCGAAUUUGUUCAUACAAGGAUGAAGGGAUUAAGAACACGUGGUUUUCUUUCUGACAUGCAUUUUGAAGGCUGGCUCUUCAAAACUGAGUUCCUACA